AUGAGCGAAGUCGACCCCAAUGCGCUGUUCCUCCCCAACCUCGAGGGGACGGCUUUGGCCAUCUACGUCGUCUCUAUCGUUACUGGCGUCGUCGCCUUCGUUGUUGUCAGCCUCAGGACUUAUGUGCGUUUUCAUGAGCAAGCCUUUGGCUUGGACGAUGGCUUGAUGUUGGGCGGAAUGGUCAUUUACUGCGUCGAAAUUGUGCUCGCCUGCCUCGGCGCCAAAUCCGGCCUCGGGACACUCAAUGCAAAGCUAAAUGCCACGCAGCUGGUCAACUCGAUGAUGUACCUGAUGCUCUGGAUGCUGCUGUACAUUUGUUCUCUCGUCCUCAUCAAGAGCUCCAUCUGCAUGACCAUGUUUCGCAUCGCGAGCGCCAACCAGGUUUACCGCAUUUGCAUCUUCAUCCUACUGGGAAUCGUCAUCAGCACGUUUCUCACGACGUUCAUUGGGGUGCUGCUGCUCUGUCAGCCUGUGGAGGCCAAUUGGAAUACUUCUUUGGUGCUUGAGGGCAAGGCUACAUGCGCCUCGAUGGAUGCCAUGAUUGGGUUGUCGUACGCCUCGACGGCGGGAUCCAUUGCUACGGAUAUGGCGUGUGCCGUGCUGCCAGGUUUCAUAUUGUGGCGAACACAGAUGAAGAUGAGAACGAAGCUCUGGGUCAGUGUGCUGCUGUCUUUCGGCUCUUUAGCGUCCAUCUCAACCAUCAUUCGCACCCCUUUUAUCGCCUAUUACCUAAACCCAGCCGACAACCUGGCUUACCACGUAGGCAAUAUUACGCUCUGGUCCAACGUCGAAACGGCCAUCGGCCUCGUGGCCGGCUCUCUCCCCUCCCUGCGUCGCUUCAUCCUCACCGCCGUCAAGAAACCCAGCACCGACAGCGAGAACAAUAAAAGCAACGACACGCCCCUAGACCUUGUAACCUUUGGCGGGAGCACGCCCGUUGCCAGCGGAGGACCCAGCGGAGGCCGCAAAUCCCGAAACCGAUCGUUCAAGAACCCGACUGAUCUGGGGACUAGCGUGGCCACGGUGCACGCGCACGGAGAUGGGGAUUGGAGAAGAUUGCGGGACGAGGCCUCGUCGUAUGAUGAGAGUAAGAGCUCCCAGGGCGGGAUUAGAAUGGAUUAUACGUACGAGGUCGAGUUGUCGCAAGGGCCGGAGCAUCGGCCUGCGGGGUUCGUGCGUUGAAAAAAGGGUUUAAAUAAUAAUGCGCAAAUAAUAAUCAAUAUUUUCUAAUUCCUCAGCUGAUUUCCCAGGUUCAUUCUUUGGUAGUCGGGAUGGUGAUAACGAAAACAACAUACACCCGGGUAUACUAU